ACGGGCGCCAGACUGUGAGGGCAUGAAUCACGGCGAGGAGUUCCUUCUCGUUGGAGGGGUAAUUCAUCUCCGCGGGAAGGAGCUUCUUGCUUGCGAAGGCAAUAGGGUAUUCGCCAGGUGGAGCCUUAGGGUGAGUGGGCGAGUCCUUGAUGGGGAGGGUCUCGGGGGUGUCGCGGGGGAAUGUUGGGACAGUACGGCUCCGAUGGCGAAGUCGGAGGCGUCAGUGGUGACAUAGAAAUGGCGAGUGGGGUCGGCGAUCUUGAAGACAGGGGCCGUGGUGAUGGUUUGCUUGAGCUCGUCCUUGCGGGUGAGUUCGUGGAGAGGGUACGAGAUCUCGGAAAAGUUGCGAAUGAACGGGCGGUAAUAGUUGGCAAGGCCAAGGAAGGAACGGAGUUGGAGGAGGGUCUUGGGUGGGGGGUACUCGACGAGGGCUGUGACCUUCGAGGGGUCCAUACGGAUGCCUUCAGCGGAGACAAUAUGGUCGAGGUAUUCGACGCUCGAAGCGGCAAACGUACAUUUGCUGAGCUUGGCAUAGAAUUUUUGCUCUCGAAGGAUCGCGAGGACUUGGCGGAGGUGCUGAAGGUGGGACUCGAAGGUGGGGCUGAAGACAAGCAUGUCAUCAAGGUAGACAACGACACAGACUUCGAGGAGGCUGCGGAAGAUGUGGUUCAUGGUGGAUUGGAAGGUAGCGGGCGCAUUGGUGAGUCCGAAUGGCAUCACGAGGAACUCGUACUGCCCGAACCGAGAGCGGAAGGCGGUCUUGUGGGUGUCCUCCUCGCGGAUACGGAUCUGGUGGAAACCACUACGAAGGUCGAUCUUGGUAAAGUACUUAGCUCCACGGAGACGAUCAAGGAGCUCGGAAAUCCGAGACCGGCUUUGCGGACACACGCGUCGGUGAUGAAGUUACCGGUGGCUCCAAUGUCGAGGAGGGCCCGAAACUUAGUUGUAGAGGCACCAAGGGUGGCAGCGAUGAAUUUGAGGUGGAAACGAGAUGAGUUGGCGGUGGAGAUGAUGGUGUUGAGGCGGCGUUGUUCGUUGCCUACGCGAACAAGCCGAUCGUGUCGGGCUUGUUCCUCAACAACAUCAGAGAAGGUGAUAGUGGAUGCAUUUGGAGGAAGGGUAGAGGAGCAUGAGGCAGUGGGAGGUGUUCGCGAUGCCUGGGAAUCGUCCGGUGGAGGGGGCGUCGCCGGAGAGGGGGAAGGCAAACGAAUUGUCGAUGUCAGAUGGGCCAUCGGUGCGACGAAGGAUGUCACUGAUGGGCAGGCUUACAGAUGCAAUGUUGAUGUCGGUUUCCCCACUCAGCCCAUCAAGGGUGAAACGAACCUCGUCGCCGAUGCCUUGUCCCGCCGUCCUGAUCACAAUCAGGAACCCAUCCAUCUUGCUUCCAUCUCCAUCACCACUGUUGAUCAGUCGGUGAUCGACGCAUAUCGCACUCAGUACCGCCACUGCCCCGAUUAUCGCAUCAUCCACUCGGCACUGCGGAGUGGCAAGACCGUUCCUUCCUACUCCCUCGGGGAGAACGGCCUUGUGUACUGGCAUGGCAGAUCUGGUCAACUAGAGCCAUGUAUCUGCGUUCCCUCCACCGGACAGCUCCGUGUCCAGGAUGUGGCCGAGUUCCACGACCAGGCAGUUGCCGGUCAUAUGGACUUCCACAAGACGUUGGGUCGUGUUUGCCGCCUAUACGUCUGGCCAAAGUCCAAGGACUUCAUCAAAGCCUACAUCCAGGAGUGUCCUACCGGCCAGGAGGUGAACAGUGCGAACCACCUUCCGUAUGGGUUACUUCAGCCCCUACCCAUACCUGAGGGUCGUUGGUUGUCCAUCUCGAUGGAUUUCAUUAGUCCCCUCCGCCCACCCACUGAGCGAGGUCACAAUGCUAUCUUGGUCGUCGUCGAUCGCUUCACGAAGCAUGCACGUUUUGUCCCGUGCCGCUAUCACAUUAGCGCCCGUAAGGUCGCCGACAUCGUCUUCGACCGAGUCGUGAGAGAUCACGGCUUACCUCACAGCAUCAUCUCCGACCGUGACCUGCGCUUUACCAGCACAUUCUCACGACACCUACACGAGGUGUACGGAUCCCAGCUCCACUUCUCAUUGUUUUACCACCCGUCGUACCACCCUCAGACGGAUGGCCAGACUGAGAUCACCAAUAAAAUUGUCGGUAAUAUCCUCCGAAAGUUUGUUAGGGAUGACCAGCAGUGGGACUUACACUUAGCCCACACGGAGAUUUCGUACAACCACGCUGUUUCGCCAGCCACAUGGAUGUCGCCAUUUUAUUGCGACCUCGGCUACCACCCUCGCGUACCCGCGGACUUCCUACGACCAUCAUGGUUGCGCCCAGACACUCGUUGUCCUGCGCUUGAUGAUUGGAUCGCCCACAUGGCAGCGAUUAUGAAGCGCGCACACGAGAGUCUAGCCGACUCCUAGACUCGCAUGACUGCACAAGCGAACCGAUCACGAAUGGAUCAUCCAUUCAAAGUCGGUGACGAUGUGCUCGUCGACGCACGCCACUUACAGCUCG